AUGUCUGGACAUCUGAGUGGAGUACAAGCACGACUGAAAGAACAUUUUCCGAACGCCCAGUAUGUCCACUGUCAUGCGCACAGGCUCAAUCUGGUCCUUGUGGAUAUGUGUAAAAACGUGAGUUCUGCCGGCGAGUUUUUUGUCUUGUUGGAAGCGUUGUACGUCUUCAUGACCCGUUCCCUCGUCCAUAAAGUUUUUGUAGACUACCAGCAACGAGCCAAGUGUCGAGUUAAAGAACUCGUCCGACUGAGUGACACGCGGUGGGUUUGUCGUUACCAGUCGCUUUCUACUUUGAAGACGCGGUAUAGUUAUAUACUUGAGGUCUUGGAGCAUUUCUGUGACUCACAAGAAUCGAAACGAGAUCCGAAACUCGUGGUUGAAGCUCGAGGACUUCUCAAUCAAGCGAUGAGCGUUUCAUUCGUCACUCACUUGGAAGUGUUGAUGACAUUGCUGUCUCACUCCCAGGCACUCAGUGAGACCUUGCAAGCCAAUGACGCCAACUUAGGGAAUGCUGUGACCAUGAUCAACUCUGUGAUAUCAAUUGUCGAGGAAACACGGGCAUCUGGGUGGCCUGAUUUAGUGCAAGAUAUCACUCGGAUUUGUGAGGACAACAACAUCCCUACAGUGCCGCAACCAAAGCGCCGGAGGAAGCAACGAACCUUUGAUGAUAGUUUCCUCAUGGCUUCGACUGGUCAUCGGAGUCAAUCAGAGGCUGAGUCAAGUGCUGAGUUCCUUGAUGACCUUCGUGUCAACACCUUUCUCCCUAUACUGGAUGCAUUCAAAUCUGAGAUGACCAGGCGUUUCUCUGCAUCCAACAUUGCAAUCAUGCAAGGUGUUGACGCGCUACUGACACCUUCCUCUGUCAACUUCCUCAAAUUCUCUGCCGUCGAACCCUUUGUUGAACUAUACACAGAUUCUCUGGAUGUGGACGUUCAGCUACUGAAGGCUGAAAUGACAAUGGCCAGACAAAUCAUCAGCAAUAAACAGAAGGACUCCAGCACCCCCGAUUCAUCUAGAAGGCACAAUGCAAAUAGCUUUUCCAGCAUGGAAAAGUUGAUACCCUCGGCUAGUUUACCCAAUCUGCGGAAAACGACCCAGUUGGCUUUGACAUUACCGGUUUCUUCGGCUGUAUGCGAGAGAAGUUUCUCUGCAAUGAAGUAUAUCAAGAACUAUUUACGGAGUACAAUGAGAAAUCAACGGCUCUCUGAUCUUGGAGUUAUUUAUGUGUCCGGUGAAAGAAGUAAGGAGUUACAAACUAAUCCAGUGGAGGUGCUGAAGAAGUUUUCGCAGCGGGAACAGAGAACAAGGAUUCAACUCUUCUAA